AUGGACUCUACUCCAAGUGCAAGUGCAAGUGGUAAUGCUAUUGCUAGUGCACCAAGUGACCCCAAUCAACUUGAAGUAAGAGGUGAACACCGGGAAGAAGUAACAGAUAGUGCUGCAGCGGUUGAUAGUGCAAAUUCAGUCGUAGAAAAGAAAAAGAAGAAAACAUCAGCUGUUUGGAAUGAUUUUCAUGAAGUUAAACUCCCUAAUGGACAACAAAAAGCAGUUUGCAACUAUUGCAAAGCUAAAUUUGCUACGGGUGGGUUUGGAGCUAGCACUAGCCAUUUGAGGAGGCAUUCAGAAAGUUACUUAAGAAGGAAAAUAGACCAAUCACGACUAAAGCAAUCAACCAUAGAGUUUCAGCCUAUAAGUUCUACCUUGAACCCUUUCCUUGCAUCAGGAGGUAAGUAUUCUAAUAUGAAGAUAAGAGAAAUUAUUGCUACUUCUAUCAUGGUACAUGAGUAUCCUUUUAGCAUUGUGGAGGACACAGUUUGGAUGUGGGCUUUUAAGUUUGCAAAUGCUGAUUUUGAGAAAGUUUCACGUCAAACAAUAAAAAAUGAUUGCAUGACAUUGUAUCAGGCAGAAAAGAAAUGUCUCAAGGCUGAAUUAAUGAAUGUGAAUAGGAUUAGUAUAACCACUGAUAUGUGGAAAUCUAAUCACCAAGUAGCUGAAUAUAUGGUCAUUACUGGCCAUUUUAUUGAUUCAGAAUGGGAAUUACAAAAAAGAGUGUUGAAUUUUGUCAAAGUGCCACCUCCUAGACGUGGGGUUGAUGUUGCGGAUGCAAUAUUUAAAUGUUUGCAAUCAUGGGGGAUUGAAAAUAAGGUAUUUUUUGUGUCUGUUGAUAAUGCUGCAUAUAAUGAUGUUUGCAUAAGAAAUAUUAAGAGCACAUUGUCAAGAAGCAGUAAUUUAGUCCUUAAUGGAAACAUAUUUCAUGUACGAUGUUGCGCACAUAUUCUGAAUUUAUUAGUGCAACAUGGCCUUAGUCAUAUCAAAGGUAUAAUUGAGAAUGUUCGUGAAAGUGUUAAAUAUGUCAAUCAAUCUGAUUCGAGGUUGAAGACUUUUUGUGAUAUUGUUAAGCAGAUGGGGGUAAAAGAAAGAAAGUUAGUUAUUGAUUGUCCCACUAGAUGGAACUCAACAUUUGAAAUGCUUUCUACUGCUUUGAUAUUCAAAGAUGUAUUUCCGGAAUACAAGGAAAGGGAACCAUAUUAUAAUUACUUGCCAUCUGCAGAGGAAUGGAGCAAGGUUGAUAAGGUUUGUAAUCUUUAG